AGUCUCAUCACUUGAUCGAAUCAAAUCAAUUAGUUAGAACUAUGAAUUAUUAUCAGGUAGCGGCGGAGCCAUGGGGGUACUACAUGAGUACUCCUCGGACGUCGUUCGGAGGAGGGGUGGAGAGGGUGUUGAGGCUGGCGGCGGAGAGUGCGGUGGUGAUAUUCAGUGUGAGUAGUUGCUGUAUGUGCCACGCUGUCAAGAGUUUGUUUUGUGGGAUGGGAGUGAGUCCGACUGUGCACGAGUUAGACCAGGACCCUAGAGGGAAGGAGAUUGAGAUGGCGUUAAUGAGGUUGCUUGAGAACUCUUCACUGGUGGCGGCACCGUUUCCAGUGGUUUUCAUUGGAGGGAAGCUAAUUGGUGCAAUGGAUCGAGUCAUGGCGUCUCAUAUUAAUGGAACCCUCGUGCCUCUUCUCAAAGAUGCUGGAGCACUCUGGCUUUGAUUAUGUAAUAUUAUUGUAUAUUUGCCAUUUUUAGUAAUAAAUUUGGUGAUAUGUUGAUUAAUUAGUUUUAAUUCUUGUCUGUAACGCACGAAUGUUUUGUUUUAG